AACGUUUCUCAUCGCGCGAUCAUCCACUUGAGGGCAAAUUCAUCAAAGUAAUUUGUCUUUAUCGAGAAAGGGUAGUGAAAGGACGGGGGAAGGGGGGAUCGGGAGAGGAAAAGAGAAAGAGAGAGAGAGAGAAAGAGAGAGAUAGACAGAGAUCGCGGGAUCUUUGUUACGAGUUGAACCGAAUUCCGCUUGGCGCGGGAAAACUCCGUUUCCUCGCUCGGUUGCCGUCAGUUUGCGAAGGGCACCGAUUGAGAAAGUGUGUAGGAAAAGCAGGGAGAAAGGACGAGGAGGGCGCCCGCGCGCGAUCAACUUGGUACGGCUGUACGCAUUUGAGCGAGGGCCAGCGCAGCGUGCCGAUCCGAUGGCAGCGUAAAACACUCGCAUCGUCGCCGUCGUCGCCGACGACGAGCGAGGGAUAUACACAUUUUUUUUUUCUGUUGCGCGACGAUCUGUACGCCGACGUAGUUCGCGAUCGGGAAGUGCAAAAGGGAGUUGUGCGUCGCGCGAGACGAGCAUCGCGGCAUCUCUCGUGCUCGGCAGAUUCGUACUUGGGCGAGCCGUGUGCGAGAGAAGGAGGAAGUAAUAGAAAAGGAGAGGGAAGAAAAGCGUAAGAGGGAGCGAGAGAAAGAUAGGACACACACACACACACAGCACAUACGCACACGCAUACACGUAUACAUGUUUGCGGCGCGUUCACGGAGCGCAAUCUCGCUUGGCUCCGCACAGCUCCGCAGAGACGAAACGGCCGAAGUUCGGAGCGGAUGAGACGGACGGGACGAGACGCGCCUCGCCGCCACCGUUGACGGUCGUCGCACGUUGUCGGAGUCAACUCGCCGUACGAAGAAGAGAGGGAGUUUCACGCCGCGUCCUCCUUCGCUCCCGCCUGAAUAUAUCGGAUAUUUCGGAUAUAUACAUCUCGGGGUUGUACGUCGUCGCGCGCUGUUGCUGGAUUCUAGAGGACGAGGAUUUUGCGAGUUGACCACCUGCCGGAGGAAGCAUGGAGAUAUCCGAGGGCUUGCAGAAGGAGAUCGUCGCCGUGCAACGCAAAUUGCAAUGCGCGAUAAUGGAGCAUCAGACUUAUAAGAACAGACUGGAAACUGAGCCGAAUAAUCCAGACAUUCUCGGUCAGAUGAAAAGGAUUCAGGUGUACAUUUCUUCUUUGGGAAGAUCUCAGAGGCAAGUCGUGCAGCGACUGCGCACAGAGGUAGAAGCGUUCACGACAGACAACGCAAAUGGAUCGAAAGUUUCCAUAGCGGCUCUCUUGGGCCUGAAUAACAAUCAUAUUACGAACAACAACGAGACGAAGCAUGAAACGGCCGCUAAUGGUUUUGAGACAAAGCCUUCAAAGGAGAACUAUGAAGAAAUUGUCAGAAAUGGUGAUGUUCAUCAUUCACCGGCGCAAGAUAACGAUUGCGCAAAAUUACCUAGCCCUAGCUCAGUGGAAACUAUUUCCGGCGAAGACGAUGUUGUUGCGGUAUCAAUGGACGAAAAUUCUGAUGAGAAGCAAGAGGAAGAGAAGCAAAAAGAACACAAAACUGAAUCAAUGGAAAAAGAGGACUUUCUCGAUUGCCUCGGGCUUAUUACUCAAGCAAGAUGUACAGAACUUCAGAACAGAAGAGUGGAAAGGAAGCGUCGUAGCACAGCAAACCCGCAUUUUAUAUAUCCUACAUAUAAUCAACAACCGUCUAAACGGAGAAGAUUGUAUUCAUACUUUCAGUCGGAAAACGCACCUCAUACUCGGCAGACGACUGCUCGUAUGAAUGGCCCGUCGCCACCACCUAACAAAACUCAGCCAGCCAAAUCUACCUCGCCACCGGCACAAACGGUAACGAAGUCGCUAAUUCCAGUACAAAAGUCCACCACCAGGCCAAAUAUCCUCAGAAACGCGGACAGUAAAGUUUUUGUGAACAAAAACAAGAUAGAAGAUAACCAAAUGCGAUCAUCCGUACCUAGUGCCAAAUUCGUUCAGCCGAUAAGCAAUAAGACUGUUCAUAUUCCCGGAUUACCAUCUAGCUUGACCAUCGAAAGAAUCGGGAAUGAACCUGUUGUGUGUAUCUGUUGUAGAAAUCCAGAUUCAUUAACGGUAUGCAAAAAUUGCUCAAGUAACUAUCAUGUCUCGUGUCAUACUCGAUCAUUGGUUCCAUCCAGGACCUGUCCAAGAUGUGUAUUAGCAAUGGAUGAAGAAGAAGGCGUUGGAAAGGACGACGACACGGAGAUUAAAAAGGAAGCAGAAGCAGAAAACAAGCUUCCGCGCUAUAAAAAGAAUGAAAAACUCGCUGCAACAGCGCAUGCGUCAGGAGCUAUUGGGAAAGCAAGAGAAAACGCAGAAGUCUAUAAAGCGGCUGGUGGACUUCAUAAAGUUGAUGCAGCUCAAAAAAAGCGCAUCCUCUCCACCGCCUUCAAUCACCUGCCUGCCUCAACCUUCCUCAUCCCAAUCACCUCAAACAAUACCGCUAUUUCAAACGUCGAACAAUCAGAAGACAGUAAAUUCAUCGAUAUCGAACAACGACAAAACAUCGCAUCUCGUAACCCUUACAUCGUCGACCAACAUCCACGAUCGAACAUCACCUACAUCCAAACAGAGGAACAAGUGCCACACUCCUACCAGCUGUCCGGCACCACUAUCCAGCCAGAAAAACACCAAUCAUAUCUCAUCAUCAAGAAAAUCACCGAAUCGGCUGGAAGGUCCGAUCAGCCUCUUAGCGGUGAAACCGAAGACCAAAACCGCUCCACAGUUUUCAACUAUCAACUGCCGACCAGUGGCAGCACUACCCUUCAGACCGGCUUCCACCCCCUCUCCAACUCCUUGUUCUACGAUCGUAACAUCCGCAAGAAACAGAACAAUCGCGCAGCUUCCCUCCACUGUGUCACCGUACCAAAAUUGUCAAAUUCUCUUAACCCCAUCUCGAACGACUAUCAAUUGGACCGAGCAACCCUCAACGGCAGAAAGCCCUGGGCCAAACUUUCAGGCGGCAAACUCUGUAUCAAUCAGUCAACCAGAUCAGUCGCAGAAACCUUAUUGCCUUUCUAUGGCGACGCCGAGAAUAGCGGCAACGAAACAGAAUCAGUCGGACCAGCGGAGGAAGCAACAGCGAAUCUCGACAGUCGUAGUAAGCACGGGUCAAGAGUCGGCACUUUCAUCCACUCAUUGUUCCCAAGCCAUAAUAAGUCCUAUACUAUCACCGGUCAUUCACGCGAGUUACGAGGCUUCGGCCCAAACGAUCGAGACUGUCCGCUCCUGCGACAACAGCUCUGCCGUGCGGAGCACGAGCUGGAAUCGCGCGAACAGCCAGACAGCAAGCCAGCAACAGUCCAGCUCCAGCGGCGCGCCCUCACGAGGUUCUUUGAGCACGUGAAAUUGGAAGAAGCGCAUAUAUCAGCGCCACUUGGAACAAAGCUAGCACACAAGGACGAGGUUAGUGACAACGAAAUUGUCCGGGAAGACGCACCCGUCCAACGAUACGAUGACGAUAAUGCCAUUGCUGAAACUCCACUGUUGACAUCAUGCGACGAGUUGGACGAGGAUCGCUUAGUUGUUCGCUUUCCUUGGGUAGAGCGCGAUACAGUCUCGGAAAAUUCUCAUGACGACAAUGCCGCAGAUAGGUCGCCCGUCCAUUCUAUUUCGGACAUAGCUAUGAUAAAACCUGAUGAUCUUUCCGACCAAGUUGAGCUUACUUGUGUUAAUGCGCAAUCGUCAUGCGCAAUGGCUUUCCGACAAUCGAUUGAGAAUGAUGAUCCGGCGGCGAGCGUCCUUUCAAUUAACACCUAUCACGCAAGGCAACAGCAAGAUAACGAGGCGACGGCAGCGGCGGCGGCGGCGAUGCGUAUCGCACAAAGCAAUCUUUCGGAUCUUCAUAAUGAAGUUUCAGUUCCUGACGAUAAGGCUGAUACCGAGAGACAAGACUUACCCAGUGGUAGGCGAUCGAGAAGUAGAAGCGGCAGUAGUAGCAGUAGCAGCAGUGGCCAUAGCGACACUCCAGAACAAGCGAUGAACGCGAACAAUUUCUCGGACGAUUUCGAAAUUCUGGCCAUUGGUAUCGUCUCUUCACAGGAAAAGAGGGAAGAGUUGAGACAACAUGAGUCGGCGACAGCGAACGAAACUGACGCAAUGACGCCGCCACUGGCUAGACAUAAUUAGGCUAAUUACAUUGACAUUAACGUUGUUGAUUGUGUGCUCACCGUGUUACUACUUCAUGCACACAGUGUCUCAACACGUUUGUAACUUUUUUGAAUCAUAGCAAUUGUGUCAGUAUACGAUCGCGUUGUACUCUAGAGAUAUUUACAACGAUUUAGUUCAGCGACAUCCUGGAAAUUUCUAUGCGAAGCAUCAGCAUGAUUGCGUAUCGCAUCUCUCACUAUAUCGUGGCCUACGAGAUGUAGGAUAAAAGACAUUAUUAUUAUAUUAUUAUUAUUGAUACAACAAUUAAUCAUUUUGCCUCUCCAUAGAUCUGUUUAGAACUCGCUCGAAAUGGUUUUACAUGAUUGAAAUAUUAGAUCUCGAGACGAAAUAUUUUUUCAUAAAAGUAUUUGUUUUUAUUUUUUUCUCAGAAUGCGAUAUAGAAAUUACAGUUACAUUACUCUGACGAUUAUAUUAUUAAUUGAAAAAAAUACGAUAUUUUUGUGACAUAAUGAAGAGUGACUUGCGACAAGAAAAAAUUUAUUUCAUGUACAACCGAUGGAUAUAUUAUCUUUAUAUUUUUGUGAUCUUGCGACUAGAGAAACGAACACAUAUCCGAGAUGUCGCGCAAUUACAUUCAGAGAGAAGAUACAGGAGAAAGCCUAACUAUAUUACGUAAAUCAAGUCACAUUACCAUACUGCCUUAAUAGUGAUGUAAAAGUGGUACUUUUUAAAAACCGGUAAUCGAAGAGUUAUACGUAUCCCAAUAAAAAAAAAUACGUAUCGCGAUACAGUCGAUGAUCGGCAGUCAGAAAAUGAACGAUCACAGUGAAACAAUACAAUUAAUCAAAUCCUCGUUACCAUAAUCGAAAGCAUAGAUAUUAAGGGUAAUCGUUCGUAAGUUUCAUAAAGCGACGCGUUAGAACCGAUCGUCCUAUUUCUUACAAAAGUCGUAUCCUUGCCACGAAGACAGUUUUGCGAAGAGAGAAAGAGAAAGAAUGUAUGUGUGUAUGUGUAUCUAUAAGCGAUUACUAUGUUUUGUCGAAGCAAACUCAAAAUUCGACGAUAUUUGAAUGUUACGUUGAUUUUAAUUUGUUUAUAAUCGUUUUACGCUCGAAUAGAGAGUAAAGCUGUGAUUUUUUGCAGCGUUUUACCUGCAAGGGAGAUUGAAAGGUGAUCAUUUGAAAGAUGCAAUUACUUUGUCACGAAACGUAUCGAUGACAUCAUUAUUAUUAUUGCCUGCAGUUAAGUUAUACAAGUCAAUUCAUCUAUUUAUUUCAUGUUAAUGUUAAUUUUCGCGGGGCAUCAUCGCUAGCUUGCCCAAUAUAUUUACACUCUCUUAUAAUAAUUGUAAAAAAUUAAGGAAAAAGUUGUUAUGCAAUGUAGGCAACGAGAUAUUGAGAUCGAAAUUCGUAUUUUUUAUGGAAUAAAAUCACUAAAAAAAAAAAAAAAAAAAAAAAACCAGCCA